UAUUGUGAGAAAGAAGAAGGUUCUACUAAAAAGGUCUGUUUCAUUCUUAUGGUAUAUUGUCGCAUUGUGUAUAAUGAGUACUGUAAUUUGGGACAUUUGAAGCAGAAUAUUUGUGCUUCAGAACUAGAUUUGAACAUGGAAAGACUCCCUGUAGAGUUGACAGUUGUACGGUCUCAGCCUGGUCCAGUUUCUGAUGGUCAGUGGAGCACAGGACUGUGUGAAUGUUGGGGGGACAUGGGUGACUGUUGUUUUGCUCUCUGGUGUUUGCCUGUGUUUGCAUGUAAGACGAGCAGAGCUGCAGGAGGAUGUGUGUGUUUGCCUCUGCUGGAUUGUGUCAGCUGUGUUCCUCCAGCGUCCCUGGCUAUGCGUGCUGCAGUAAGAGAACGCUACGGCAUAGAGGGCAGUCUCUAUAGUGAUUGUUUCUAUGGCUGCUGUUGUUAUCCUCUGUCCUGGUGUCAGAUCUCCAGAGAGAUUAAGAGAAGAGCAGCUGCACUGUCCAAUGCCCAGUCUUCCUCACACUCUUCUAAAAGAUGGCGUGUGCCACUGGUCCGUCUGUCUAAUGCUCACCUUGUGUAGGACACAAGCACACACACCUCAUUCAUAACAGUAAACCACAGCACGCUCUGAAAGAUUAUUCAUUAAGAUUGAGAAGCUGACAAAGCUGAUGACUCUGUUGACUGGUCUGUCCGGUUCAUCUGAAUAGAAAGGGUGUGGCACUUCAACACACAAAGGAAAAUUCUUUUCAGAAAAAAAUUUUUUUGCAUUCCACAAUUUAUCCUUAUAAAAACUAGUCCUGAACUCUCCCCUACUGAAUUCUGAAGAAUGCUGUCUGUUAAUGUAUGCCAAAGUUGUGAAUGUGCAAUGUUAACCUUUGGUGUGUUUAUGCACAUUUAUGUAUGUAUGUGUAAUAUCUUUGACAAUUUUUGUUUCCAUUUUAUUUGAGUUAUUCAUUAUUACUUAUGCUCCAUUUAUUCUUCCUUUGUUUCUGUUGUGUAUCUGUUGUAUCUGUAUGAAUACUUGAACAGUUUUGUUUGUUGGCAGAAAUCCAGAUGGGAAUUAAAAAUAAAUUGCAGUAACAUGA